AUGAACAAAACAGUCGUAAGAUGUCUUCUUUCUCGUUCACAUCAUCCUCUUCUUCAUUUCUCCACCAAUUCAUCUCUUCACUCUUCUCUUCUCGACAGAGUUUCCACCUGUAGCCGUUACCUCACGGCUAGGUUUAUGUCGACUCCUCCGCCAGAUGAAAUGUAUGGAUUCGACGAUCCUUUCUCUCCCAGCGAGUCGCGGGAAGUGGUCGAUUUGACUAAAGAGUACUCCUUUCUGCACGAUUUUGACUCUGGAAAUGUCGAUGUAACUCAGUCAUCAUCCUCCAUUGAUGCUAAAGCCAUUGCAGAUGCUGUCUCUUGUGGCGGCGAUGUGUUUGGGAGCAAAUCCCAGAAGUUUCUUAGGCAAUUUAGAGAGAAACUUAGUGAGAGCUUGGUGAUUGAGGUUUUGCGUUUGGUAGAAAAACCCUCUGCUGUUAUAAGCUUCUUCAUUUGGGCAGGUAGGCAGAUAGGUUAUAAGCACACAGCACCUGUCUAUAACGCUUUGGUAGACCUGAUUGUACGUGAUGAUGACGAAAAAGUUCCGGAAGAACUCCUGCAACAGAUUAAAGACGAUGACAAGGAAAUGCUUGGGGAAUUUCUGAAUGUGUUGAUAAGGAAACAUUGUAGGAAAGGAUCGUUUAGCAUUGCGCUUGAGGAGUUAGGGAGGAUGAAGGAUUUUAGGUUUAGACCGUCAAGGUCUACUUAUAACUGUUUGAUUCAGGCAUUUCUCAAGGCUGAUCGUUUGGACUCAGCUUCAUUGGUUCAUCGAGAAAUGUCCCUUGCAAAUCUUAGGAUGGAUGGGUUUACGCUUCGAUGCUUAGCUUACUCCUUCUGUAAAGUAGGAAAGUGGAGGGAAGCUCUGGCAUUGAUGGAAACUGAAAACUUUGUGCCUGAUACUGUCUUUUAUACGAAGCUGAUAUCUGGUCUCUGUGAAGCUUCGCUUUUUGAAGAGGCUAUGGAUUUUCUGAAUAGGAUGCGAGCUACUUCCUGCCUUCCUAAUGUUGUAACGUAUUCGACUUUGCUGUGUGGAUGCUUGAACAAAAAGCAGCUGGGCAGGUGUAAGAGGGUACUCAAUAUGAUGAUGAUGGAAGGUUGUUAUCCAAGUCCUAAGAUUUUCAAUUCUCUUGUACAUGCUUAUUGCACAUCAGGGGAUCAUUCAUAUGCAUACAAACUGCUAAAGAAGAUGGUUAAAUGUGGGCACUUGCCAGGAUAUGUUGUCUACAAUAUAUUGAUUGGGAGUAUUUGUGGUGGCAAGGACUCGCUUAGUUGUGAUCUUCUGGAAUUGGCUGAGAAAGCUUACAGUGAAAUGCUUGCUACAGGGGUUGUUCUGAAUAAGAUUAAUGUCAGCAGCUUCACACGGUGUCUUUGCAGCGCGGGGAAAUAUGAGAAGGCGUUCACUGUUAUCCGUGAAAUGAUUGGUCAUGGGUUUAUACCAGAUACCAGUACCUAUUCCAAAGUCCUUGGUUAUCUAUGUAGUGCUUCGAAAAUGGAAAUGGCGUUUCUGUUGUUUGAAGAAAUGAAAAGGGGUGGCCUUGUUGCUGAUGUCUACACGUAUACUAUUAUGGUGGAUAGUUUUUGUAAAGCUGGCCUGAUUGAGCAGGCUAGCAAGUGGUUCAGUGAAAUGAGAAAGGUUGGUUGUACACCUAACGUCGUCACGUACACUGCUCUUAUCCAUGCUUAUCUUAAGGCUAAGAAUGUCAGCUAUGCGAAUGAGCUGUUUGAAACGAUGGUGUCUGAAGGGUGUGUCCCCAAUAUCGUUACAUAUUCAGCCUUGAUUGAUGGCCAUUGCAAAGCUGGGCAGACAGAGAAAGCUUGCCAGAUUUUUGAAAGAAUGUGUGGCAGCAAAGAUGUUCCAGCUGUAGAUAUGUACUUCCAGCAGAGUGAUGACACUGGCGAGAGACCGAAUGUAGUUACAUAUGGAGCUCUACUGGAUGGUUUGUGCAAGUCGCAAAGGGUCGAAGAAGCUCGAAAUUUGUUGAAUGCGAUGUCCGUGGAAGGUUGUGAACCUAAUCAGAUUGUAUAUGAUGCUCUUAUCGAUGGACUCUGUAAGGUUGGGAAACUAGACGAGGCCCAAGAAGUGAAAACUGAGAUGUCUGAGCAUGGUUUUACCGCAACCUUGCAUACUUACAGUUCUCUAAUUGAUCGUUAUUUCAAAGUGAAGCGCCAAGAUUUAGCCUCAAAAGUAUUGUCCAAGAUGCUUGAGAUUUCCUGUGCGCCUAAUGUGGUUAUCUACACUAAUAUAAUUGAUGGCUUGUGCAAGGUUGGUAAAACUGAUGAAGCUUAUAAGCUUAUGCAAUUGAUGGAAGAAAUUGGGUGUCAGCCAAAUGUGGUGACAUAUACGGCAUUGAUUGAUGGAUUUGGAAUGAUUGGUAAAAUCGAAACAUGCCUCGAGCUCUUAGAGCGAAUGGGAUCCAAAGGUGUUGCUCCAAAUUAUGUUACUUAUAGGGUCUUGAUAGAUCAUUGUUGCAGAAAUGGUGUAUUGGAUGUGGCCACCAAUCUUCUAGAAGAAAUGAAACAGACUCAUUGGCCUAUGCACGCAACAGGAUAUCGCAAAGUCAUCGAAGGAUUCAAUAAAGAGUUCAUAGAGUCUCUUGGGCUUCUCGAUGAGAUAGCCGAGGAUGAUACUGCCCCGUUUCUUUCUGUAUAUAGGCUUCUGAUUGAUAAUCUUGUCAAAGCUCAAAAGCUGGAAGUGGCUCUCAGGCUUCUUGAAGAAGUUGCAACGCUGUCACCGACGUUGGUUGAUUACAGUAGCACAUAUAACUCGUUGAUUGAAAGCCUUUGCCUUGCUAACAAAGUGGACAAGGCUUUUCAGUUGUUCUCGGGAAUGUCGAAGAAAGGUGUCAUCCCGGAGAUGCAAACAUUCUGUAGUCUUAUCAAGGGGCUUUUCCGAAACAGCAAGAUCAGUGAAGCACUUUUGCUUCUAGAUUUCAUAUCACAUAAGGAAAAUCAGUGGAUAGAAGAAAAGAAAGCAUCUGAUGGUCCGUAG